CCGGCUAGCCUUUCAGUGUCAAGUAACCCCGCAGCGCGAAAGUACGCGCCUGGACUUUGCGAAAAAAAAAAAACUUUUUUUUUAAUUGUUCGUGGUUUGUGUUUGUAAACAUGGCGUGCCCUAUGAGAUCAGUGAUCGACGAAUCAGCGGGGCAAGAUGGAGCGUGCCUCGGCAACGAAGCCGGGAUGCUGUACGGCGAAUACCUCAUGCUGGACAAGCUGCUCAAUUCCCAGAGGAUGGUCAGCGCUGAGGGCUCGAAGACUGUUCAUGAUGAGCACUUGUUCAUUGUUACCCACCAAGCCUACGAGCUCUGGUUCAAGCAGAUCAUUUUCGAGGUGGACUCGGUGCGAGCCCUGCUGGACGUGCAAGGCCUGGACGAAGGUCACACCAUGGAAAUAUUGAAGCGGCUCAACCGAGUUGUCCUUAUUCUUAAGCUCCUGGUGGACCAGGUGAUGAUCCUGGAGACCAUGACGCCGCUGGACUUCAUGGACUUCAGGCACUACUUGCGGCCAGCUUCAGGAUUUCAGAGUCUGCAGUUCCGGCUAUUGGAGAACAAGCUAGGGCUGAAGCAAGCACUACGAGUUAAGUACAACCAAAACUACCAGUCCGUCUUUGGAGACAACCCUGAAGCCAUGGAUCAACUACACAAGUCAGAAGAAGAGCCAGCACUGCUGGCGUUGAUCGAGCGCUGGCUGGAGCGCACGCCCGGCCUCGACGCCCACGGGUUCAACUUCUGGGGCAAGUUCCAGGCCACAGUCGACAACAUGAUUAAAGAGGACAUCGCUGCUGCUAUGGAAGAGCCUAACGAGGUGGUACGUCGGCACCGCCUGAUGGACGCGGAGAACCGUCGCGAGAUCUACCGCUCCAUCUUUGAUCCGUCCGUGCACGAUGCUCUGCGAUCCCGUGGGGAGAGACGCCUGUCCCACAAAGCGCUCCAAGGCGCCAUCAUGAUCACUUUCUACCGCGACGAGCCCCGCUUCUCGCAGCCGCAUCAGCUGCUGACACUUCUGAUGGACAUGGACAGUCUUAUCACCAAGUGGCGAUACAAUCACGUAAUAAUGGUGCAGCGUAUGAUAGGGUCGCAGCAGCUCGGCACAGGCGGCUCUUCAGGCUACCAGUACCUUCGCUCCACUCUUAGCGACCGCUACAAAGUGUUCCUGGACCUGUUCAACCUGUCCACAUUCUUGCUGCCUCGCUCUCUCAUCCCGCCCCUGGAUGAAAGCAUGAAGCGCAGUCUUAACCUGGCCUGGGGUGAUACCAACGGAAACGGAAACGAUCAGAACGGCCUUGAAGAAUCCUUGAAAACUUUAUAGGGGUAACCCUAGUUUAGUAGGCUAAUAAGUUUUAGAUAUGUACCUCUGUGUACGUAGCCGAAUGGUACAAACGCUCACGUAACGCUCGUGGAUAUCUAUCUCUAUCGCUCUGGCGUAUUGGCACGACGAGCCAGACCACCUUUCGCGGCGUUUCAUUUUCGUUUCGCGUUGCAGAAAUGCCAUUCGGCUACGGCACCAGUUUUUGAAUUGCAAUAGAAGUUGCCCAAGGUAUGAAUCUAACAUUCAAGAGUGUACUCGUAGUGAUAGAAUCAACCUCAGCAUCGUGUUAAAAUCUUAUUAAAGUAAUAGUGCAAUAUUUAAAUUACAUGAUAUUAAAAUAAUUGCAAUAAUUUAACAAAAAAUAUAUGGUAAUUAUAUUUUUAUUCUGCAUUCAAUCCUGAUGCAUUUACUUAUAAUACAUAAUUUUCCAGUGUUACUUUAAUU